CACUCGCCGUACAGUAGGUGGCGACAAUACGCCAAUAGGUGUAGUCUGCUAUAAAACCCUAAAGAAGAACAAGACAACAGCAAAUUGUUGACGAGGACAGCUAGCGACGAACAGUUCAUAUCAUACAAAGAAACAGUAGCUUCCACAAUGGAUCGGGACAAAGCUAGUCUGUCCCCCUCCACCCUCCAGGAGCCCCCAAGUCGACUGCCUCUCCGUACUUUACUGCUGGUUCUGGACGACUGCAGGAAAACACCGGGGCAGAGUGGAACUAAGAGACGAGAAGGAGAAGAGGAACAUGGAGAUUUGAUUUCAUUAAGGGACAUCCCUAAUCGUUGCUCUCUUAGAGGGAGGGGCUUAUCAUCUGGAGAGCCUCAACAACAUCAUGAUGCUGACAAGAAAGAGAAGAGUCUCUCCAGACCAGAACACCUCAAGAAACACCAGCAUAGAGGUAUAGGGAAGAAACCUCACCACUGCUGCUCUGACUGUGGGAAGAGUUUUGCUAAACAGGACUUGACAAUUCAUGAGCAAAUUCACACUCUAGAGCAUGCAUCUAAAACCUUAAAAUAUCAUCUGAGAAUUAAUUCUGUGGAGGGACCUUAUAACUGCUUUGAUUGUGGGAAAUACUUAAAUCAGUCAGGAGCCCAGACUAAACACAAACACACAGGAGAGAAGCCUUAUAGCUGUGAUCAGUGUGGGAAGAGCUUCAAUCACACAGGAGCCCUGACUAGACACCAACUCAUACACACAGGAGAGAAACCUUAUAGCUGUGAUCAGUGUGGGAGGAGCUUCAAUGAGUCAGGACACCUGACUAAACACCAACGCAUACACACAGGAGAGAAGCCUUAUAGCUGUGAUCAGUGUGGGAAGAACUUCAAUCAGUCAGGACACCUGACUAAACACCAACGCAUACACACAGGAGAGAAGCCUUAUAGCUGUGAUCAGUGUGGGAAGAGUUUCAGUGACUCGGGAUCCAUGAUUCUACACCAACGCAUACACACAGGAGAGAAGCCUUAUAGCUGUGAUCAGUGUGGGAAGAGCUUCAAUCAAUCAGGAGCCCUGACUACACACCAGCGCAUACACACAGGAGAGAAGCCUUAUAGCUGUGAUCAUUGUGGGAAGAGCUUCAGUCGAUCAGGAACCCUGAGCAAACAUCAACGCAUACACACAGGAGAGAAGCCUUAUAGCUGUGAUCAGUGUGGGAAGAACUUCAAUCAGUCAGGACACCUGACUAAACACCAACGCAUACACACAGGAGAGAAACCUUAUAGCUGUGAUCAGUGUGGGAAGAACUUCAGUGACUCGGGAUCCAUGAUUAUACACCAGCGCAUACACACAGGAGAGAAGCCUUAUAGCUGUGAUCAGUGUGGGAAGAGCUUUAAUCAUUCAGGAACCCUGAGCGAACACCAGGGGGGGGGAGUUCAGAGCUGUAUCUUAUUUUAUUAACUCAUAUUAUCCAUUAAAUAAUGUUUCACCAAUAGUAGGUGUAUAUUCAUGUGUGGGGGAAAUGUUGUCUGAAGAGAGCUCUUUGAAUUGUACAUCUUGUCUCAUAAAUCAUUGGUUCCUGUAGGUGCUGGGUGGAGAUGUGAGGGGGAGACAGUCAGACCUUUUGGCAGAAUGCCCAGAAUAUGUUCUAUAAGUUACAUGCAGGAAUCAAACGUUAAGGAUGAAUAAUGUAAAUCAUGCAAAUAUAACUUUUCUGUUUAAGAAGUAUAUAAGAGAACUAACAGGACUGCCCCGAAAGAGCUCCUGACCAACGUGUACUAUGGUGCAUUACGUUUGUUGCAACCUCUCCAGCUUGCUGAUAAUAAAGAAUGAUUCAUUUAUGUUUGA